UUUCCUUCUUCCGCUCCUUCCCUCCUGUCACCUUUCACCCUUUAUGGACCUUAGUUACCGCGCCGAGCUUAUUAUGAGACCAGGCCGUUGCGGCAAGGCUUGGGACGAAACCAUUAAUUUAGAAAGGGGCAAACAUUCAAGCUAGUACUCUCAGGCAGCGACAAUUCUCGCUCUUCUCCAUUCCGAAACCCUGCUUCAUUCUCCACUACCACCUUUUCCCUUCCACUUUUUUUUGCAAGGUGGUCUCUCUCACUGUCAAUUGCUUUCGUCGCUUUCUACUGUUUUCUCUCCCCUUUCUUUUUCUGCCUGAUGGUCUCGUCCAGUGUCGGUGUUAGCGGAAACCGCUGAGGGGGGGAAAGAUGGCGGUGGUGGUUUUGGUGCCGUUGUUCUACUGACUGAAUGUGCGCUCGCCCCUUCUUUUCUGCCGGGUACUGGGGCUAUGUCGGACUCGGAGGAGGAGUGCCCUGAGCGGCUGCUAAAGUUCGUCGUGUUGGGCGACGGCACCUCCGGCAAGACCUCCUUAGCCACACGUUUUGCUCAAGAAGCUUUUGGGAAGCAGUACAAACAAACCAUAGGACUUGACUUCUUUUUGAAAAGAAUAACGCUACCAGGCAAUAUAAAUGUUACUCUUCAAGUAUGGGAUAUAGGAGGCCAAACAAUAGGAGGCAAGAUGCUGGAUAAAUAUGUCUAUGGUGCACAGGCUGUCCUUUUGGUGUAUGAUAUUACCAACCAACAGAGCUUUGAAAAUGUGGAAGAUUGGUAUAAUGUUGUAAAGAAGGUCAGUGAAGAGUCAGAAACUCAGCCACAUGUGGCUCUGGUAGGCAAUAAAAUUGAUUUGGAGCAUCUGCGGACAGUAAAAGUUGAUAAACAUCUUCGAUUUUGCCAGGAAAAUCAUUCUAGCAGCCAUUUUGUGUCAGCCAAGACAGGUGAUUCCGUCUUCCUGUGUUUUCAAAGAAUUGCUGCCGACCUUCUUGACGUCAAAUUAAACAAAGCGGAAAUAGAGCUAUCACAGAGUGUAGUGAAGGCGGAUAUUGUAAACUAUAGCCAGGAGCCUGUGACAAGAACAGUUAACUCUCCUAGAAGCUCAAUGUGUAGAAUUCAGUGAACUUUUUUUUGUAUUGAUCUCCUUUGGCAGCCAUACUACCAUUUGCACAAGCAAAGGGGUUGCUGGGAAUGUUAUUUUAACAGUGAACAUUCUGUAGAGCAUUUAGAAGUUUCAAAAACUUAUUACCCAUCUGUGUGUUGAAAAGCAGCAGGCAGGUAUUUUGGCUAGCUAAGAUUCAAAUGUUGGGACCACACACUUUGAAAUAUUAUGAGAUAUAUAUAUUAUUGUGAAUUAUAUUUCAAUAAAGGAGUACAACUAUGUAUACAGAUGCCGUUUACAUAUAUUGUCAGAAUACUUUUUUUGUGGGGGGCAGGGAAAUUCAAAAUGUAUAAAUUAUACAGGAUAAACAGUGAUGCUUGAAAUAAAGCUGUGGAGCAAAAAUACCUCUUUGCUUACAUA